AUGCGAUCCGCCUAUGGCCAACCAACCUAUCAAAACUCCGACUUUCGACCUCUCAUCCUCCCUCAGGUUGCUUUCGGAGCAGGAGAGCACUUUUUAAGAGGCUAUAGUUCUGAGAUCAGCAGAUACGGAGUCCCACGCGAUCAACUUCUUCGAGUCAUAGAUGAAAUCAAUAUUGCUCGUACCCCCAACCCAGAAGCACAAUUGUUCCAAAAGGGUGCCAACAUUGCUGGGUGGUUUCUACUGAUGAAUGUAUCUGUCAGGCCUGGUGCUGCCAGUAUUGGGCUCAUUGCAGGCCAAGUCGGCGUUGGUGUUGCUACAGCUUUCGGCCAUGCAUCAAUGGUUUCUAAGGCACUAUCAAAGGCCAACAUGGAACUAUUCGCGCCCAAUGGGCUUGAGAUAUGUAUUGUCAGGACCCAAGACCUUAAUAUGGAACUGGGCAUCUCUUCAUAUGAAUUACGUGACAUGCCGUAUAACAUGUCACCGGCCGAUAGGUUAAAUGCUUAUAGACCCCACAUCGCCUUCGUGAAUGAGAUUCUACCAAGUCGAUCAGAUAUGGGACGACAAGAUCCUCUUGCCAUGGCUGGUCGAGCACUCAACAAAAGGUCGAACCAGAAGAAGGCUCAAGACGCACAGGAGAAGCUAGACAAAGGCGAAAGAAAGGACAAGGGAAAAAGACGGCUUUUGAAGUCAUACGAUGACAUUGAGUGGCUUGUCGUAAAACUUGCGCCUCCUAUGGGAGCUGGACAGUGGUAG